CGGAAACCUCUUCCUGUUUCUCUGUGGAACAUGUCCCGGCAGCCAUGAUGUUCACCCAGCUCCCUGACGAUGUGCUCUUCCACAUCCUGUCUCAUCUGGAUCACAGAUCCCUCAGCCGCCUGAGUCAAGUUUGUAAAAGUCUGAAUGUUUUUGUAAACCGGGACGCUGUGUGGAGGAAGGCAGCUAAAGGCUGUUUAAACAGCGGGAUAACCUGGAACGGGACAGACAUAUAUCCUGGAAUCCCGCUGAAGCAGAGGGUGAAGACGGCCCAGAACUGGUACAACGGAGUCUGCAAGAGGUGGAUUCUUCUAAAAUGGAAAACAAAGCUGUUACCAUGGUUACAGCUCGAUAAGGACAUGCUAUACUUGUCUCAGGCAGCUAAGGUUGGAGCUUACCCUCUGCACCCGUCCAGGAGGCUCCAGACGAAUCCCCAGGAGGUGUUUAGGGGCCACCAGGGUGACGUUUGUCGUUUUGUCCUCACAGAUUCUCACCUGAUCAGUGGAGGAAGUGAUGGGACGAUCGUGGUCCACAACAGGAGGAAUCGAAUGUCUCUGCAGUUAAUUGGUCACAGCCAGGAGGUGAACUGCCUGGACACUAAAGAUGGACUCAUCAUCAGUGGAUCCAGAGACCGAACGGCUCGAAUGUGGACUUUGACCUCCAGCUCCCCCUUAGCAACAAUUUCCAUGAUUGACAGGGUCUGGUCUGUUGCUAUUAGUCCGACACAAAGCUCCUUCGUAACAGGAACGGCUUGCUGUGAAGACGCCUCUCCGCUUCGUAUCUGGGAUGUUGAGCGAUUAGCCUGCGUGUGCAGUCUGGGCUCGGACUUCCGGCGCGGUGCAGGAGUUCUGGACAUUGCAUUUGAGUCUCCGUUCCAGCUCUUCACCUGCGGCUACGAUACCUUCAUUCGACAGUGGGACCUCAGGCUCAGCCCACAGAAGUGCGUGAUGGAGUGGGAGGAGCCUCAUGACAGCGCUCUCUACUGCAUCCAGACCGACGGGAAUAACAUGAUCGCCAGCGGCUCUUCGUACUACGGUGUGGUCCGGAUUUGGGACAAGCGACAGGCUAGAUGCUUGCAGUUCUUCCAGCUAAGCUCAGACUCUGUGAGCAGCCCAGUUUACUGCCUGAGGUUCAGCAGCUCCCACCUGUACGCCGCUCUGGCCACCGCCCUGCACUGCUUGGACUUCAGACAGAACCCGGCUCACAUCACAUGACCCACACAGAGACAUUCAACCAAUAAAGAGAUAUAUUUCCUACAUGG